AGCCGGAAGUGAUGUAUCUGCUGCGCGAAGUUUGAAUUUUAAGCACUAGAGCAGCGGUUAAGGGGCACCUACCUAGAUGCAGCCAGUGACUCCAGGUCCGAAGGGAGUCCAAACACAUCUGUUCCUGCUCUCCAACUUUCCCCGGCUCUGCUCCGUCAUCUGAUCUUCUCUCCUUCCCCGGACUGUCCCGUGCCUUCCAGAUCGCAGGACCAUGAAACCGGGUCGUCGCAAAUCCACCCCUAGGAAGCGCCUCUCGACCUCGUCUCAGCCCCGCGCCUCCACCUCCACCGCCAUCCCCGCAGGCACUUCUCGCCGCCGCCGCUUUCCCGGUGGACAAAGCCAUCGAGUUCUUAGGGAGAUCCGAAAGCUACAGAAAAGCACAAACCUGCUGAUCAGGAAGGCACCCUUUGGGCGACUAGUUAGAGAAAUAUGCCUCCGAUACACUCGAGGAGUGGACUUUUACUGGCAAUCUCAGGCCUUACUGGCCCUACAGGAGGAUAUCCAGGAGGAGAUACCCAACAGGCAAUUGAUGAUGUGGAACUUCAGUUAAAGGGAGCCAACUUAGAGAUUUGGUUAUCAUCGGAGUAGAGGCGAUACUUGAACCUACAGAACUGAACUGGAUCAUCAAGAUGGGCAGUGUAGAGAAAGAAAGAAAGGGUCCAGGACGUUCCUGAGCUUGGGACAGCUGCGAAGGAACCGUAUUCCAGACAUGGAAGGUAAAGGGGAUCUAGAAGUAGGCAGUGGAAUGGUGAUCUGGAGGCAUAGCAGGCUGAACUAAAUAAAAGUCUUUCAUGGCUUCUACUUUCUUGCUGCUCUUUAACCUCUGCAUUCUGGUUUCUGACCCCACCACUGAACUGAAACUGCUUUCAACCACACAGCAGUGAUUCCACCUGCUUAAUAUAAUUCCAUUUUCUCAGUCUUUAUCCUCCGCAGCCUCUUUGCAGCUUUUGACAUCACUGACCAUGUCUUUCUCCUGAAUUCUUUUU